AUGACGAGGCACUUCAUCCUCUUCGCUUUGUGGUGCCUCCUGUUCCUCUGCCCGAUCGGGAUCGUGGAAGCUCAGGCGCCGUUGCUGAUCUGUCCAUACGCCGGUGCCUUCGAAAUCUACGACGGGACGUGCAAGAAUUAUUACAUAUGCGUGGACGACGGCGUGACUCUGGUGCCGGUGACGUUCACGUGCGCCGCCACGACCGUGUUCGACCCUGCUCUAGGUAAAUGCUCGGCCGGGGCGACGUGCCGACAGACGACGACUCCACCGACCUGCACCGAGAUCGGCGCUUUCGAGAUCUAUGACGGCACGUGCAAGAAUUAUUAUAUAUGCGUGAACAACGGCGCGACUCUAAUGCCGGUGAUACUUUCAUGCGCUGCCGGUGCCAUGUUCAAUCCUGCUCUGGGAAGUUGCGAACCUGGGAGAAUAUGUUGGCAAACGACGACGACCACGACGACGACCACCACGCCGACGCCGACCACCACCGCGGCACCCUGCGUGAGAUACGGUCGAUUCCCGCUGCCGGACGUGAACUGCAAGAUGUAUUACCUGUGCUACUGGGACGGCCUCCGUUACACUAUAAUGAGUAAUCUCUCGUGCCCGAACACCCUGGUGUUCGAGCCGGUGUCGGAGAAAUGCGUGCCGCCGGAGCGGUAUCUCUGCCCGGGCGUAGUGGGAUAA